GAUAAAACCUUGGGAUGAUACAUGGAUCAUUGUCUAUUGAAAUGCAGAUGGCUAGAUGGGAUGAAAUUUUGAGUCUUCCGGUGCAGAGUCCACCAAACAUAGAAUUCUCUGCUGCUGACAUUGUGUGGUCCAGAGUGGAAGGCUGGCGUGAGACCAUGGACAAACUGGCACUAAUCCCAUUCUCCAGAGUGAAUGAUUUUGUCAGAGGUGAAUCAAACAACAAGGAUUGUCCUACCAGAUUUCAUGUUGAAGCGAGGAGAAGACGGUCACCAGAGAUGGCCAACAAACUAAAGGUUGAUGGAAUUCUCGAGUAUAUUCUGUAUUGGUGUUCUUUUGGACCAGAUGAUCACAGGAAGGGAGGUGUUGUUCGCCCCAGCAGGACCUAUUGCACAAAGAGAAAGACUCCUGCUGGUAGGCCAAACACAAAAAGGGGUUGUGUAUGCCAUUUCAUUGUGAAGCGUCUAAUAGCUGAACCGUCUGUUGCACUUGUCAUAUACAAUCAAGAUAAGCAUGUAGACAAGAAAGGGCUACCUUGCCAUGGACUCCAGGAUACAAAAUCUGUGGGAACCUCUGCAAUGUUUGCACCAUGUAUCUCAGAUGAGCUCCGUCUUCAAAUUAUGUCCUUAUUGUAUGUUGGGGUCCCCGUAGAAACUAUCAUGCAGAGGCAUACUGAAGCAGUAGAGAAGCAGGGAGGGCCAAGCAAUAGGGAUGAUCUUCUCACUCACAGGUACGUACGCAGGCUAGAAAGGAAGAUUAGGCGUUCCACAUAUGAAUUAGACCCUAAUGAUGGUAUUAGUAGUAAUAUGUGGGUUGAAAUGCACCGGGAUCAUGUGUUCUUUUAUGAGGACUUCUCUGAUUCUGAACCUUUUGUUUUGGGGAUUCAAACGGAUUGGCAGCUCCAACAAAUGAUUCAGUUUGGUAACCGCAGUGUUAUAGCCUCUGAUUCAAGGUUUGGCACAAAUAAGCUAAAGUAUUCCGUUUAUAGUCUCCUGGUCUUCGACUCAAAAAGGAAUGCAAUCCCUGUAGCAUGGAUUAUAACAGCAAGAUUUUCCAGCGGCGAGAUACACCGAUGGAUGCGAUCUCUUUAUGACAGGAUUCGUUCAAAAGAUCCAACAUGGAAAUUGGGUGGUUUCAUUGUUGAUGAUCCUUUAGCUGAUGUGAAUGUCAUUAGGGAGGUCUUUCAGUGUUCUAUUUUGAUAAGUUUCUGGCGUGUACGCCAUUCCUGGCAUAAAAAUUUGAUGAAAAAGUGCUCAGACAUAGGAAUGCAAGUGGAGCUGUCAACGCGACUUGGAGAAAUUGUUUCAAACAUUUGCAGGGAUCGGGCUUCCCUGGAUUCAGUUCAUGAUUUUAUAGAAGACUUUGUUGAUUGCUUGGAUUUUUUGGAUUAUUUUAAGGGAGUUUGGUUUCCAAAAUUAGGAGCGUGGACUAAUAUCUUGAAGUCACUUCCACUUGCUAGCACAGAGGUUUCUUCUGCCACUGAGUGUUACCAUAAUCAACUCAAACUUCGAUUGUUGAAUGAGAAAGAUUCAAAUAUCUACCAACGUGCUGAUUGGCUGGUUGAUAAAUUAGGUACCAAGGUGCAUUCUUAUUACUGGUUGGAUGAAUAUAGUGGCAAGGAUAACUUUGCCAGAUACUGGAAAGAUGAGUGGAAAUGUGGCUUGACCGCUUGGCGUCGGGCUUUGGAUAUUCUUGAUUCCGAUGUUGUUUUUGAUGGCAACUCUGCUACAGUUGUUCAUCCUGCGAAUCCUCGACACGUUCAUCUUGUCCUGAAUCCAGGCUCUGAAUUUGCAAUAUGUGACUGCAACUGGUCAAAGAUGGGGAACCUCUGUGAGCAUGUGAUCAAAUCAAGUAAGAUUUAUCGUCACAACAGAUCUAACUCACUCUCAACUAGCAUGUUUCAAUACAAGAGGACUUUGAUGAAUCUGCUUAAAUGCCCCCCACACAAUUCUCUGUUGCGUGAUCAUGCUAUUUCAUUAGCUGCAUCUGUUCAGGCUCAGUUGAAUUCACUGUUCGCCCAGGAAUUUUGUGCUUCCCGCACAGGCAAGUCAGUUCCCUUGGAAGAGAGAGUAACAGCUGAACCCACUUCUACUUCCAACAAAGCACCUAAUAAUGUUAAUGAUAUGUUGAAUAAGAAUCAAGAAGCUCCUCUUGAGAAUUUCAGCAUUGCUGGAGCUUCAAUUCAGCCUACUGAGAAAUCUCCAGCUGGUUUCAUGGCUGCUGAGGAACAAAUCUCUGCUGGUAAGGCUAGUGAAAGUUUGCCCAGCGAGGGGCCAAGCUUGGAUUCUCGUGUGUACCAGCGGCUACAUUCAAGAGAUACAGUAGAUGAUAAUAUUAAUGAAGUUGCAAUCACUAAGAAAAUGAAGAAAACUGAUCAAAGCUCCAUAGAAAGCUUUCAAUCAGUGACAGAAUAUGGAGUUACAGAAGGACUUGCAGAGGACAAAUGCGACAGAAACUUCUCUGAUGUUCAUGAAAGAAGAACAGAUGUGGAUGAUAGUUGUGCGCCAAGUAAGCCGUCAGCUUCCAUUGUAGUCGCAGAAAACCAUAGCAUUGGUGAUGAGAAGACUGAGAUUUCUUCAACUGUGGAUGAUAGUUUUUGUGAUGCUAAUGGAUUAAAUGAUCCUGCUUAUCAUGGGAACGGUGUUGCUUAUUGUUCAAGAAUCAUAGAGGAACCAUCCUCUGAUUUUCGUCAAGCUAGUAUUGUGAAGUUUGAAAGUGCGGAUGUAAAGGUUUGCAUGGACAUUGAUGUUCUUAGAUCUGAAGAAAAGGUCUGUGAUAAUGGUGAUAAUGUGGAAGUGUAUUAGUCCAAAUUUUUUACUUGUAUUUUAUCUCAGUCAUAAAAUUUUCACAACUAAAAGCACAUAUGAAUAAGCUAAAGCAUAGAGGGAUGUUUUUGUUUUUUCGGAACGGGGGUAUCUACCAUAAGAGAUUUAAGCUUCCUUUGA